AUAUUGCCCAGCCCUCUCCUUAAGGUUCAUUCUGGUAUGAAUGUAUUAGUGUGUGGUCCUAAUGGGUGUGGCAAGAGCUCUUUAUUUAGAAUAUUAGGAGAGUUAUGGCCGUUAUUUGGAGGUCGUCUUGUCAAACCACACAAAAGCAAACUAUUCUACAUACCACAGCGACCGUACAUGACACUAGGCAUGUUAAGGGAUCAGGUGAUAUACCCUGACACUCAUGAGGAGCAGCUGAAGAAAGGAAUAUCAGACCAAGUACUGGAGGAAUAUCUAACCAAGGUUCAGCUCAAGUAUCUUUUAGAAAGAGAACGUGGUUGGGAUGCAUUUCAGGAUUGGAUGGAUGUUUUAAGUGGUGGCGAAAAGCAAAGAAUGGCCAUGGCCAGGUUGUUCUACCAUCAACCUCAGUUUGCUAUUCUUGAUGAGUGUACUAGUGCAGUCAGUGUUGAUGUGGAGGGAUACAUAUAUACUCACUGUAGGGAGAAAGGUAUAACGUUAUUCACAGUCUCUCACAGGAAAUCACUAUGGCAACAUCAUGAGUAUGUUAUGCAAUUUGAUGGUAGAGGCGCUUAUGAGUUUAAAAGGAUUGAUUCCAGCACCGAGGAAUUUGGUUCCUAGUUUCUCACAGCUAAUUUAACUAUUAUUAAUAAUUAAUCGACUGUAGUUAUUAAUUUAGUUAUUGUGUUAUAUACAUGUACCUAGUAGUAUCUCUCUUGAUUGAGUGUGUGAGAUAGAGAGAGUAGUAACUUAAAUAAUUAUUUAUUUUGCUAUAUUAUAUUUGCUGUACAUUUCUUUUUAAUGAUUUUAUAUUACAGCUA